CGAAAGCGAUGCUCCAUUCUUUUGAAUCGCUAAAAAAUAGACAAAUUUGAAAUAAAUACUAAUGACAGAAAUUGAUAGAAACGUAAAUUUAAAAAAAAUUGUACUUACGAGUGCAUAUUUAAAUAACACAGUCUAUUAUUAUUAUCAAUAUUAUGUGAUUAUUUCCUUUCGGAAUUCAAUUAUAAAGAUUAUUCUUUAAUUUUUGUUUAGUUUUUUAUUUAAAAUUAAAAUGUGUGGCAGGACUCAAUUCCAAAUUCCAUCAUUUUUAAAUCAGGUUAAGACAAUUCCUGAAAAUGAGAGUUACAAGCCAUGGCUAGAAUCACCACCUUCUUUAGUGGAAAUAACAGGAGAAAUUGUAAAUAAAAUUCCAAUGCCAGAAUGUUGGAAUUGGGAUGUUGACCAAGUCGUUAAGUGGCUCGUGGUUGAUGUCGAAUUAUCACAAUAUAAAGACUGUUUUGCCAGAAACUUCAUUAAUGGGAGAAGAUUAUUACUGCUCGAUUCUUCAGUGUGCCCUAAAGUUGGAAUUCGAGAUUUCUCUCACAUAAAGAAAAUAACGUCGAGCAUUCGCAAAUUGUUCAACGUGGAUAAAGAAAGUUUUAAGAGAAGCAUUAGCCUCCCUGAACGUUUUCCAUUAACUCACUAUUUACUACAUCGAAUUCCAACUGGUCCAAAAAGAGAAAACACAAAUCGCACUCAACUUUUCAGGAAAAUGGGCCUCAUUGAUGAAGAAAAACAAUGUCCAUUCGCUCAUUGGGAAAUGAUUGAUGCAACUCAACCAGAUUUUCCUUGCAAUCAUUUCGGUCUCGUAAGAUGUAAAAAUGUUCACAAACGAGAAGAAAAUAAUUAAUAGACAGCCUCGUGAUAAUUCCUAUCUUCGAAGAUCGAAACUGAAGCCAAACAUCUUUCAACGGAUAGAUAUCAGAUAAAAAUAAAAUACUUUUCUAAAAA